GUGAGACCGAUUUAAUGACGAACCAAUCAGACAUACGAUAAUACGCCUUGAAUUUUGGCGCUGAAUUUGUCCAUCCGUUUUAGCUGUCAGUUCGUGGUUAAAACCCUAAAUCUACUUUCUAACCGUAACUGUCAACUGCAAAUCACAAUUAUAAUUCACCACACCGGAUUGUUAUCGUCAUCUAGUCCUAGUAGUCAUCAGAUUACCAAACGAAGUGGUUGUUUCAUUUAAUGCGAAAAACUAUAAAAUGAUAAUUUCUUGCUCUUGAUUAAACUUAUUUAGAACUGAUCUACUCAAAAAUCAGUGCCUAGUUAAUGACUGAGUUUUUCUGGUCAUUGAACUGUUGAAUAAUAUCUGAUGUAUCAUUUUAUCUGUUUUUUUUCUAAAGUAAAGAAACCCCACCCAAUCUUCCAAUUUUGAAGAAAAUUUGACCCAUUUUGGGGAAGCCAAUAAGUAAAAUUUUGGAAAAUUUUCGGGAAAUAAUACUAAAACCCCAAAUUUUCCUAAGAAUCUUAUAACUGGGGAAAUCGGCUUAUGUAUCGGCUGUUCACGGUGAAUUGUACUGAUUCCAUAUCCAUAUAUUCAUUCAAAGGAAGUACCUAGUCAUACUUUUCAACAAUGCAGACCGAAAAAAAGGCCGAGAUACCUGCUACUAUGAAGUUUGUAUUGGGUGGAACUUCUGGGUAUGUUAAAUGUGAAUACUUUUAUGUUACUCUACCAAUUGAUCAUAUACAAACUUAUAAGUUAUUUUCUAUAUACAUUUUAUCUCCAUAUUUUCUGUCUCAUUGUUGUGACCUGCAAUGGUUUCAGUUUUUUGUUAUGGUCAUAAACAUUUAUCUUGUGAAGUGAUUCUGUUUUAAGUUAUGAUAAUUAGAAGUAUUUGAAUUAUAGUACAAACUAAGAAUCCCAGAAAUAAUGCAAUUGGAUCAAGAAGUACUAUAUAACCACGAACGAAUGUACUGUAUUUGGAAUUCGAAAUUAAGCAUCCAACAAGUACAAAGGAAUCGUUAGUUCAUACAAACACCAUAUCCGCCACAGCUUAAAUUGGAGUCUAAUUGUCUGUAAUCGAUUGUACGUCUUCUUUUUAAGUUGAUCCUGUGUCUGUCCGACAGUGUACUGGAUAAAGACUCCGCACUAUCUUGAAUGUAUUCAUUAGUAUUAGAAUUAACAGCCGAAGUCGGAAGACUUACUUGGCUUUUGGAAUUGUAUACAAUCACUGUGUCGGUUAUGAACUAUGUGGCUUCAUUUAAAACAUAUUUCUUACACUGACGAGCAAACAUGAGAAGUGACUUCGUGAUGAGGAUAAACAACAGUUAAUAUGGAAUCAUCUGAAUUGUAAUCGAAAUCAAGCUCAUUUAGUACUCGUGCUUCACACUGAACGAGUUUCCCACAAGAAACAAAUGCAUUAUGAGGACAAGUAAUAUUUGAUAUGACAUCAAGAUUUGACUCUUCUGAAAUAGUUUCCUCGAAUUUAAUACGUAUGUCAUUGCAGAUCAAAUGAUCAUUAGAAAAAUCACCAUCUAUCAAAACUACAUCAGGUUUUUGAUCAUGAUUAGCUUCACUCAACAUAUUUUUCUCAAGUUUGUAAGAAAUUUCAUCAGAAAUAUAUGAAUUAUUAGGAAAAACCAUAUUUGGUACAAUAACAUGCAAAAUUUGAUAAGUUGAUUGAUUAGAAACUGUUGCUUCACAAGGAUUCUGAGUUUCAUUUAACUCUGGUAUGCUAUGUGACUCUAUACCGCUUUUCAAAGUCGUGGAUAAAGAUAUAUGAUCGUUAGAAACACCCAACUUAAUGGGAUCACAAUUACAAAUUUAAGCAUUAGUUGUAGCGGAAUGAACCGUAAUAUGAUAAACUGACAAUGUGUCCAAUCUCACCACAUGUAAAGCAUUUAAAAUUAUGAAAUAUACAUGAAUUAAAUGAAUGAAACCUGCCACAGGACAAACAAUGACCAAACUUAUGCCUAUCUUCGUGAACUGCAUCGCAACUCAAUGAAUUAUCUGCAUUACCUUGACUAUGCACUGAAUUGGGAUGACGUAGUAAUGUAGUGGAAUUUUUUAUGUCCAUAUGAAUCAUUUUACGAAAUCUUCCUCCUUUACCGCAUUCGAAAUUUCUAUACCUAACAUAGUCUAGCAGUAGUUCCUUGAGAGUCGCAUAAGGAAGAAAAAUAGGCUUUUCGGGUAAAGCCAGAGUUUUUAGUAAGCUGUAAGCUUUUUUCCGAUGAAUGUGAGGAAAUGUGCCACAAUAUUAACAUCCUCAACAUCUUCCUCGGUCAUAGCCCAGAUUUCAAACCUUUCCAAGUAGUCUUCAAGAGCAUCAAAAUCUGAAUGUAUGUUUAACCGUUCUAUCACAGGCUCCAUCGCGACGCCAAUGUGAUAAUUAGGAGUAUUUGAAUUAUGGUACGAACUAUGAAUCCCAGAAAUAACGCGAUUUGAUCAAGAUGUACUACAUAACCACGAAAGAAUGUACUGUAUUUGGAAUUAGAAAUUAAGCAUUCAACAAGUACAAAGGAAUCGUUAGUUCAUACAAAAACCACAUAAGUGUAUUUCAAGAGUACGAAUAUCGUAUAUUUGUUUUGAUCCAAAUUUAAAAUUAUUAGUGGUAUUCUAGUUGAUUGAAAAUGAUGAUUUUCCAAGUUAAACGUUGUCAUCGAUCAUUAUCAUCUAUUUUACAACCGUUUACAUUCACUAUGGUGUAAUAAUUGUUUCAUUCCUCCCUCACUCAAUAUAUAUUAUUGGCUUUAGCUUAGGAAUGUGUAUAGUUCUCCAGUUAUAAACAGUAGUUGAAAUGUGUAGCCUUGUUAUUUUUGUGUUUUAAUUUGCAAAUGUUUCUGUCAUAUUGGAUUCACGUUUAUGAUCAUUAGUUUUUGUACUGGAUUAUUGAUUAUAAGGUCAUAGGUUCAAAUGGGUUUUGCAACUUCCUGUCUGAUAACCAAGUAAUAUCGUUAAUUUUUAAGUAUCUAAUACACUCAAAAUAUGGUAUUUGAACACGCAUGAACUUAGUCUCAUUGGCUUUAUGAGAAUAUAUUUUAAAACUCAACAUUCAUUUAUAACUUGUACUGGGAUGAGUUACAACACUUAUUGUUUAAGCUAUUGUUUAUAUGAUGCAUUUAGAUGGUAAACUGUGAUAAAUAAAAUGCAUUGAUUCCGACUUGUUAAUCACAUUCAAAUAUGGGUUGCAAUAGUUCAUCCAGUUGUUAUUUUCACGUUCAGUUCUUCUUUUAGUAAUUUCAAAUAUGUACCUUGUAAAUAUAGUAUAUUUCAUCUUCCUCAUAAUUUCAACCUCAGCUUGUUGUUGCGCUAUAUGACUAUCACCCACCCUUGUUCUUUGCUGACAAUGACUUACUGUACCAACCUUGAUCUUGUACCAUAGAUUUUGAUUAUUUAUCAUUAAAAUGAAUAUCAUCAGUAUCAGUUUGAGUCUCAGUUUCCACUACUUGAAUUUGCAGAAUGUGUGCCUCUGUUUGCGUUCAACCUUUGGACCUCGUGAAAAACAGGAUGCAAAUGAGCGGUAUCGGAAGUGCUACUUCUGGUCAACGUAACAGUCUUCAAGUACUUCUGUCAGUCAUUAAAAAUGAAGGAUUUUUUGCGAUAUACUCAGGUUUAUCAGCUGGAUUACUUCGUCAAGCCACCUACUCAACUGCUCGUUUAGGCAUCUACACAAAUUUAUUUGAACAAUAUACAAAGCGUAAAAAAGAAUCUCCCAAUUUCUUCACUAAAAUAAGUAUAGCUGUAACUGCUGGGAUAUGCGGUGCAUUCAUUGGUACACCAGCCGAAAUUUGUCUUAUCCGUAUGACAUCUGAUGGCAGAUUACCACCAGCAGAACGUCUAAAUUAUUCCAAUGUGUUCAAUGCUCUAAUAAGAAUCGCUCGCGAAGAAGGAGUGUUGACAUUGUGGCGGGUAAGUAAACCAACCUGGUAUUAAUAUUAUAUCUUUUUUUUUAAUAUUUGUAGUAAUAUAUGUAUAUAUAUUGUAAGGUAUUUGUAUAUAACCUAAUGAUUAUGAAAAUAUUUUACGUAUUCGAUUCAUUUAGGCUUGCUUAAAUUUCACCAUUUAACUUAUUAAGACUAUUCUCAAAAAUCAAGCCUUCUGACACUAAAACUUGAGACCUACGAGUCCGAAUAAUUCUAAAUAAAUCAGGCUAGAGUUUUUUUUCUUAAAGUCUACUGUACUAAUGAAUUAUACUGGGAGCUUGUCCAAUCAGGCGUCAGAACCUUGAAGUCUCAAAAAAGGCAAAGGGUGUGAAUCGGAUGCAUACAUCAUUGUUAAUUAGUGUACAUAGUCCACAUAGCCCUUGUAUCCUAUCACUAAAAUACCUUGGUCUUCGACAUUGUCCUAGAAAAUAGAAAUGGUUGAGUACAUUGACCACCUCACCGUUUCAUCAGUCCUGAUGGGCUGGUGCCUAUCAAAAUCUCGGCACGGAUUCAGAAAACUCGAUUGGACCUUGUCAACUCACAUGACUUGUGGCGUAGACGAGAUAUUCGUAUACUAACCAAAAGACGAGGUUGCUGCGCAUUUCCUUAUGUUCUGCUUUAUGGAUAUGAAACAUGGUCAUUAAGCAAAUAAGAACGAAUUCCGUUGCCAGAUACUUGCAUAUGAGCCACACUCUAUGUUAGGGCUAAUGGUUCUACCCGGUUUCCCAAACCGAAGUAAAUGAAGUGGGGUUCCAACCAGGAACUUAAUGGUUAAAAGCCGAAGGCCUUAACUACGGAUAUUUUUAAGUUAAUAGUAUUUGAUCAUAGGUAUCUUCAAAGCAUCGCUCAUAUUUGUUUGGACGACCGAGUUAGCAAUGUUCAGGUCAGAGGCAAGUUACUAGGUAAAUAUGUGAAAUUCACUGAUGGUUUGUUGAAUCUUCACUAACUGAGGUUGUUGGGACAUGUAUUACGUAUCCCCAGCCACUGUUUGGCGUCGUAGGAUGUUGGAAGAAAUUUAAGGGCCGCCAAAUCAAGAUGUAGAACCAGUUCAUGAAGUAACCGACAAUUGAACUAUGCCAUGCUAGUAAAUGUAGACUACCUGGUUGAGGUCUGAGCGGUUAUUGUGACCAGUGGCUAGAGGCUUGGGGUGACAUGGCUCAGAACCGCUCACAGUAGUGGGUGUGAAUUUUGCUCCUUGUCUUCCUUCGGAACCCGAGUCCCAAAAUAUUCUACUACCUGAUGAUACUGUUGCCACCUACUACUCUGCGGUUCGUUUUGAAAUAAUGUUAUCUGGCUGUACUAAAGUGGUAUGACAACUUAAACCGAUUCACUUACAUGUCAAAUUCUACGUUACGUAUGGCUGGGUAAAAAAAAUAUAGUAAAUUUAAUAGUGAUACGGUAAGAUUGACAGCGAAGAUAAAUAGAUAUUUUAUGGAAAUUUUGAGUCACCACAUUUCCAAUCUCUGACAAUAAAUAGUCCUUAUAUAUAAUUUAUUUCGUCCGAUUUUCAAUCAUAAAUGAACGAUGGUUUGAUGGAUAAAGUACUCAGUUUCCAACUAUUAGACCACAGGUUCGAAUCCCACCUCACCUACUUUGGUAUGAACAACCAGUUAAUAUUAGUAACUCAUAUAAAUCUCUCAAAACCUAGCACACAAGCCUGUACUUCAUAAACCAAUUACACAUAAUUAUGGACGACAACGAUAGUUUAGUUGAUCUUAUUGUUCACCAUUUCUGCGAAUUCAGAAGCUUAGGUAUAUUCAAACGAUUCGCCAAAUAUAUUUCUGUUAUAGAUCAUAAAUUUUUGAACUUGUAAUAAGACGAUAGUCAAUUUGUGUAUUGUAAAAUUUUAAUAACUUCUGAUGAAAAGGUUUAUGCAGAAAAUUUGCCGAUGCCACAAGAAAAGUAAAAUGCUAUAGAUAACAAAUGACACAUUUAAAUAAAAAGACUACGGUUAAUAAUUGCUACAAGCCAUUAAAUAAUAUCUGACUUUCAUAACAUCUUUUUAAAAAGAAUGUCUAGUGUAAAUACUUGAUAUUAUAUUCAAAGAGAAUGAUAAUGUUGAAUUAGAUUUACGCUUUAAACUUAUCACACCACACAAUGACCUCAUGAAUUCCGAUUGGGUUUGUCAAUAACUAUGUAUGUCGAUAAAACAAAUCAACAAAGUUAACAGUCGAAUUGAAUGUGACCGGUUGUUCUUCUUUUAUUGAAUGUAGAUAAUCAAUGUAGACAAAUGAAAAAAAAGAUAAAUUGAACAAUGAACCGGAAUUUAAUAGGUCAUGUUUAGUUAUCUCAUUUUCACUCAUCUGACACUAUCAUGUGAAGUGUAGGAAACGUGCACGUUUUUCUAUUAUUGUAAAUAAUCAAAAUAUUAUCAUUUAAAGUCUUGCAAAGUGUGAUCUUUUUAUGGGGGGUUUGUUUAAUGUGAUGAUAAUCUCCCGAGCUAACUACUGAUAUACAAGUUUUCAAGUUUACAUCAAUUCGCGUUCUUACAACUUCCAAAUAUUCAGUAUAUAUGAGGUAGUAUAUUAGCAAUUAAGCAUACCUUAGGUGUACCUGUAAUCUUGAGAUAGUUCAUGUUCCCCUGUGGGAUUCAAACCUUUAUCAUUCAACUUAGUGGUAAUAUCUCAACCUGUGUGGGUGCUUGACGUGGUUUAGAAUCGCGAAGCACGAAUCAGUUUUCUCGAGGUUGCAGGUGGAUCUUGCCAACGAGUGCCAGUCGUCUCUCUUAAUUUCAUUCUUCAAAUCAUAUUUUAUGUUACUCUUACUUUAAUCUUUCCCACUUUUCAUUCUUAUCCACUGAACUUAUGUUUUUUUAAUGUGUAGAUUAACAAAUUAGUAUCAAUAUCUUGUUUUAGCCCCAUUUCAACAUGAAGUAGUAAUAGCGAAGGAAUUCCCACUUAAUUUAGUUCAUAAUAGUUUAGAUUAGAUUAUCGUUGAUAUUUUUGACUGAACUUUGAUAAGCUUUAGUUUGUCACAAGCUAUCAACUAUCUGGAUAACGGAUUAGGCACUUGGAGCGAAAGGUACCGGUUCGGCGUCCUGAAGUGAACAUUAAUUCUGUAAUUCAGGUACAGCCAGUUAACUAGUCCCAAAUAGGACGAAACGCUCUUCCUAGAUCCCACUGUUAGAUACAUCCCAUCUAUCCUAUAAAAAUUGUUACUUUUUGUUCGUAAUUACAUUUCCAUCAAGUUUGUGGUGGAUAAUUUAUCCAUAUAAACGUUGAAAUUAACUAAAAUGUACGGUAAUUCUCUUAGGUACCUAGCGCUUCUGAAUUUUCGUUUGUAUUGUAUAUUUGUUUAUUAGAGGGAAUUCACCCUCUAAAUGAAAUGUUCAUUUCGAUUAUUUCUAAUGUCUUUCGUUUAGCUUUACUUAAUAAUCAAUAAAAAUCACACAUAAAAAUGAUAUCAGUGUUUGUCCAAUUCACAUUUCGGAAAUUACCAAGCUAAAACACUAAUAUUUAUAACCUGUUCAGCUUCACUAUUAUCAGAGUAUACGUUUUAUUUUACAAUCUUCAAGUUCGUAUACAUCGGUCAAACCUAUUCUGUGGAAGUAAAUGAUUUGUCACUGAAAUCAUGAGCCCAUCUGUGCUAGACCACCAUUGAAAACCUGGAAGCACUGAAUGGCCGUCCCGUCCUAGUAUGGGACUCCUAAGCAGUGAACAUCUACGAGCUAGACAUUAACACUGUUGGAUGUUGGCUCAUUGGUCUAUAGGAUAAGCGUUUGCUCGCAAGAUUGAAGGUCCUGGGUUCGUUUCCCAGCCACGGAGUUGUGAAUGCGCACUUCUGAGGACUCCAAUAUUAAGACGAAGCGGCCUUCCAGUGCUUCCAAGUUUUCAAUGGUGUUUCAAAUUAGAUCGGUUCAUGAUUUCAGUGAAACUCAACGAUCUCUACAACUCUAAACUGAUGCAUGAUAGAUAUCAAGUUUCUUCAAGUAUAUGUUAAUACUCAACAGUCAAGAAACAAAAUUAAAUAAAAAAGUAUGUGUUAUAUCGCAAUAGGAAUUAUUUUAAGCCAAAUGUUAAAGUAAUGCUUUCGCUCAAUAUUUUCAUAACCACUUCAUUGUUUCACUAGUUAAUCGGUAGUACACAUACUGUCAGUUAUCCUAAAUCCAACUACUGAACAAGUCAUAUCCUAUAAUCCAAUGAAUCGUCACUUGAAUGUUUUUUUAUUCAGAAGAAGCAUAUGUGUAUUUCCCUGUAUAAUUUUACUUUGUAGGGUGCAGUCCCAACUAUGGGUCGAGCAGCUGUAGUUAAUGGUGCACAAUUAGCUACUUAUUCUCAAGCCAAACAAAAACUUCUUGAAGUCGGUCAUUUCACUGAUGGCUUGAAUGUACACAUAAUGGCUAGCUUAUUAAGUGGUUUUACUACAUCUGUUUUCUCUUUACCGAUUGAUAUUGCUAAAACUAGAAUUCAAAAUAUGAAAACUAUUGAUGGAAAACCAGAGUAUAAAAAUAUGGGGGUAAAAAUC